AACGAGAAUGACGACAUUUUUUCACGCGAACCCUCACCUAGCUCGUAUAAAAGGGAUCUCAUCGGCACAUGCAUGCCGCACAGUUCUCACGUCCGUCCUCCCUCCACCGUUCCUACUUUUCUGCCACUGGAGCUCCACAUCGUUCAAGAUGAAGUACGUCAUCGUAGCAGCUAUUGCCGUAUUCGCUGUCGCCGUUGCUCUUCCUAGGAGCAAGCGAGCUGCCUACGAGCUCCCGGACGGCGUCGAAUUUAUUGUGGGCUCCGUGAAGACCUCAUUCACCUGCCCAGCCAAGAAUGGUUACUUCGCUGACGUAGACAACAACUGCCAGAUCUUCCACGUAUGCAACGUCGUACCCAAGGAUGACGGCAGCACGGAGGUGCAGCAGUACAGCUUCUUCUGCGGCAACCAGACGGUGUUCAACCAAUUCUCGCUCACUUGCGCCUUCCCCGAAGACGCUGUUCCGUGCCGAAGCUCUCCCGACUUCUUCUACCUGAACGACAAGAUCGGUCAGGAGAAGGUGUUCUUCCACGACGACUCCGACGUGGCUCGCGCCAUACCGCUCAUCCCGCGGUAUCAGCAGGCCGCUUUCAAGGCAUAAGGAUCAGUCGUGGUAUGCUGACAGGCAUUUCCAUGAACGAACCCACGGAAAACGAACCUCAUUAGGGAGUCGCAACAUAAACGUUCUGGUCUAAUGUGGCUCGCAGAGCUCGCAAUCGUGGAACGCCAAUCCACUUACAUAGGUAACCAAUGUUUUCAUCGCCGAAGAAGGUGGAAUCGCGGACUGCGGACACGCUCGGCAAUAAAGAACGCAAUCCCAAAGAACGCUGAGCCUCGUUUGCAGAAAGAUUAUCCUACGUUUCCGGAUAGCGCUUCAUCCUAAGCUGGCCUAGCCAGAAACGUGCAAGUUGAGAUGGUGUGCGGCGGCCCUAGAGUGAAUCUACGCACACGAAGGUAGCAAGAACACUUCAAUUUUCGUGAGCCUAUAUGGUUUAAGAACGCGUGGUGAAGUGGUGCUUUCUUGCACACAUCGCUCAGUUAGUAGUUCCACCAGUGAUGCUCUUAUAUUAAUGCUUGAUAAAUCUAUACGAGAAACUUUAGGCAAGGACGUUAAUGCUGAGAAGCCUGACAAAUGUAAAGCCCUUGGGAAGCGCUCUCUUGAUUGAGAGACCAAGUAUUUAGAAGCUUUAAGCCGUUUUCCUUUCGGUGGCGGUAAAUUAAACUCACUGUAUUACGAGUCAAAUCUUUCGUAACCUGUGGUGUGGCCAACAACUAUAAACGUCACGUAAGUUAUAUGGUCCCAAAGGAUGCUGUACUUUUCUACAUUCCUUCACUGAUCGUUCACGUUACGCAUUCGCAAGCUUCCAUGGCGGUAAGAAUGAGCUCCACUCAGCACAUGCGGAAUUUACGUUUUUACUUGUAGGCGUGGUGCUUCUUUUACUCUGCCAAAUGUCGUCUGCAGCUUGAUGUCAAAAGAAACGUAGGACUCUUAGCUUUGCCGAGAAUGUCCUUUUGAGGCUUGUUCAUCACGGACAACUUUCUUGCUCGUUUCCUUAAAAUGCACAGCGUGUAAUCGCUCUACGGGUUUCAAUCGGUUAAAAUGCUUGUUCGCGUGCUUUUACAUAAUCGAUGGUGUAUGUUUGCCUCGAAUGCGCGAACCCUGUGUAGUUUCCUCAAGCCCGAAUGAAGCUCUUCGCUGCAUGUAAUUACAAUCUCGACAUCGCUUCAUCAGAGGCUGUAAGUUCUCGGGCAUUCUUUUUUCUUGUCUCGAACGAAAGUGCACGAUAGCGUGUCAUAGGGUCUAUGGAAGCAUAGUUUCUGGGGUGCCCGUGGUGAAAUGCUGCGCAUGCAGUGGUCUCAUUCCUGUGCUUUCUGGUCCAGUCUGUACAAGUGUACAUAAAUUCGGCGAGGAGCAUCACCGCUACAAAGCAUCGUCUAGUUUGUGUACAUAUUCAAGACGUUGCUCUGCAUCCUCAGCUUUUGUAGUCCUUUCAAGUCCUUUUGUAGUCCUUCCCGAUGUAACCUCUCUCUCGCCAAUAAACAGCAAGCAGUUCA